AUGGCCGAUGGAAUCAAGCAAGCAUUCGCAAGGUGCAAGGCCGAGGGCAGGAGAGCCCUCGUCACGUAUGUCACCGCCGGCUACCCCACCGCCGGUGAGACUGUUGAUGUGAUGCUCGCUAUGGAGGCUGGUGGCGCUGACCUCAUCGAGCUCGGUCUCCCAUUCACCGACCCAAUCGCCGACGGACCCACUAUCCAAAAGGCCAAUACUGUCGCCCUUCUCAACGGUGUUUCUAUUACCACAACUCUCGCCGUUGUCCGCGAUGCCCGCGCCAAGGGCCUCAAGGUCCCCGUCCUCUUCAUGGGCUACUACAACCCCAUCCUCGCAUACGGCGACGAGAAGUUUGUACAGGACUGCAAGUCCUCCGGCGUUAACGGCUUCAUCAUCUGCGAUCUCCCUCCCGAGGAGGCCGUCCGCUUCCGUGAGAGCUGCAGAAAGGAGGGAAUGAGCUACGUCCCACUGAUUGCGCCGUCUACGAGCCCCGCUCGGUUGAAGCUGUUGUGCAGAAUCGCAGACUCGUUCAUAUAUGUUGUGUCACGCAUGGGGGUCACCGGUGCGACAGGGACACUCAAUGCUGGCCUCGGGGAUCUCUGCAAGAGGGUCCAUGAGUCAUCCGGAAACACGCCCAUUGCGGUUGGUUUUGGUGUAUCCACCCGCGAGCACUUCCUCUCUGUCGGCGAGUUUGCGGAGGGUGUCGUCAUUGGCUCUCAGAUCGUCAAUGUUCUUGACGAGGCCGCACCAGGUUCCAGGCCAGAGGCCGUCAGGAAGUACUGUGCUCACGUUGUCGGCAGGGACACCAAUGCCACAACCCGCGAAGUCGGGAUGGUCGAGGCCAUUGGAAAAGCCAACGAGACCGGCGCCGUACACCCCACUGCGGUCAUCACUGACAAGGACGUCCCCUCCGGUCCUGGGCUCGGCGAUCAGCUCAUGGCACUCAGUGCCUCCGAGCUUGACUCCCACGCAAUCCCUGACCGCUUUGGUGAAUUCGGCGGCCAGUACGUCCCUGAAUCAUUAAUGGACUGUCUUGCGGAGCUUGAGGCCGGCUUCGUAGCGGCCAACGAAGACCCUGCAUUCUGGGAAGAAUACCGCUCAUACUACCCAUACAUGGGCCGCCCGGGCCAGCUCCAUCUUGCCGAGCGCCUCACCGAGCACUGCGACGGUGCCAACAUCUGGCUCAAGCGUGAGGAUCUCAACCACACUGGUUCCCACAAGAUCAACAACGCCCUCGGCCAAGUUCUGAUCGCUCGCCGCCUCGGAAAGACCGAAAUCAUCGCCGAGACCGGUGCAGGCCAACACGGUGUGGCCACUGCAACCGUAUGCGCAAAGUUCGGCAUGAAGUGCACCGUCUACAUGGGCGCCGAAGAUGUCCGCCGCCAGGCCCUCAACGUCUUCCGAAUGAAGCUCCUCGGUGCCCAAGUCGUCUCUGUCGAGGCCGGCUCCCGAACACUCCGUGACGCCGUCAACGAGGCGCUCAGGGCCUGGGUUGUUCACCUCUCAACCACCCAUUACAUCAUUGGCUCUGCCAUCGGCCCGCACCCUUUCCCAACCAUCGUACGAACCUUCCAGUCCGUCAUCGGUAACGAGACCAAGUCCCAGCUUCAAGCCCUCCGCGGAAAGCUCCCCGACGCAGUCGUAGCCUGCGUCGGCGGCGGCUCUAACUGCGUCGGCAUGUUCUACCCCUUCUCCAACGAUCCCAGCGUCAAGCUCCUCGGUGUCGAAGCCGGCGGCGACGGUCUCGACACCGCGCGCCACUCCGCAACACUUACCGGCGGCACCAAGGGCGUCCUCCACGGCGUGCGCACCUACGUGCUCCAGAACCUCGAGGGCCAGAUCGACGAGACGCACUCCGUCUCUGCAGGACUGGACUACCCCGGUGUCGGCCCGGAGCUGGCAUCGUGGAAGGACUCGGGACGCGCAAAGUUCAUUGCGGCCACGGACGCAGAGGCGUUUAUGGGCUUCCGGAAGCUGUCGGAGCUGGAGGGGAUCAUCCCGGCGCUGGAGAGCGCGCAUGCCAUCUUUGGCGGGAUGGAGCUGGCAAAGACGAUGAAGAAGGGCGAGGAUGUGGUGAUCUGUCUGUCCGGGAGAGGCGACAAGGAUGUGCAGCAGGUGGCGGAGGAGCUGCCGAGAUUGGGACCCGGAAUUGGAUGGGAUCUGAGAUUUUAG